AUGGGUAACGUACCCACAACAGUGAAGCACUGUCUGAGCUAUGAACAACUGAUCCAGGACUACCCAUGGCUGAGACGCUGGCUGCUGGAGGAAAAGACCACCACAGAACUUGAGUAUCCAGAGUUUGUUAAGGUCGUUGAGGUCGGGCCGAGGGAUGGAUUACAGAACGAGAAGGAAAUUGUGCCGACAGAGAUGAAGAUACAGCUGAUAGACAUGCUGUCACAAACAGGCCUGUCUGUCAUCGAGGCCACCAGCUUUGUCUCUUCAAAGUGGGUGCCGCAGAUGGCAGAUCACAGUGAUGUACUCAGAGGGAUCAAGAGGGCGCAACAUGUUCAGUACCCGGUUUUAACACCCAACAUCCAGGGUUUCCAGGCGGCUGUUGAAGCAGGUGCUACUGAGGUGGCCGUGUUUGGGUCAGCAUCAGAAACGUUCAGUAAGAAAAACAUCAACUGCUCCAUUGAUGACAGCAUGCUCAGGUUCCAGGAGGUCGUCAGUGCGGCCAAAGAGCGACACAUCCCAGUGCGUGGAUAUGUUUCCUGUGCACUGGGAUGUCCUCACGAAGGACACAUGGAACCUGCCAAAGUUGCUGAGGUGGCAAAGAGGUUGUAUGACAUGGGCUGCUGUGAGAUUUCGUUGGGCGAUACCAUUGGUGUUGGUACUCCAGGCACCAUGUGUCAGAUGCUCCAGACUGUGAUGAAGGAGGUUCCUACCAAAGCUCUUGCAGUUCACUGCCAUGACACCUAUGGGCAAGCACUUCCCAACAUCCUAACUGCACUUCAGAUGGGGGUCUGUGUGGUGGACUCGGCAGUUGCCGGCCUGGGAGGCUGCCCGUACGCUCAGGGUUCUUCUGGCAAUGUUUCAACAGAGGAUGUUCUCUACAUGCUCCAUGGCAUGGGCAUUAAAACUGGGGUGAACCUUUCCAAAGUUACAGAGGUUGGGGAUUUUAUCUGCAGCACUUUAAACCGAAAGACCAACUCCAAGGUCGCUCAGGCCAGAGGUGGAACACUCUGAUGGCUCUCAUAUGAAACGUGCUUCCUUCUUCUUGUUGCCUUUUAUCCUGUUGUCAAUGCUGCUGUAUCUAAAAAUGAAGCUUUGUGAUCUGCGUUUAAUUUAAUUUAUCACCCUGAUUUUAAUGUUAACAAAGGAGUUUUAAUUUCAGCAGAAAUUUUAAACGUGAAGAACUGCAGUCUAAUUGUAUAAUUGAGUGUCCAAAUGUUCCACUUCUCAUAUUUAUCCUGCUCUGACUAAUGAACCUAUUCAAUGCUGGUCUCUUAUUAGCUUAUGUAACUAAAUGUUUUAAAACUAAAAUUUAAAAAAAGAUUGCUUGCUUAAAAGUGCUUUCAAUUCAUUAAGAGAAGAAGCAGAAGAACAUCGCCCUCUGACAGAAACACUGAAGAUGCAGUGAAGAUCUAAAUAUAAGAUUUUCUGUAAGGUUUGCCAUUUACCACCAGCUAAUGGGUGCUGCUUUUUGCAGGUGUUGUACUAUAAUUGUUUUUCUCGUGUUCUGAACCUGUAUGAUCUAGUCGUGUCUUUAAAUUAAAUGAAAAGGAAA